CGUGUUUACUUGAUUUCGGGAUGUCAUCGGUGGCGCAUGCGCUUAGACGCCUGCUUCUCCUGUAGCCUAUCUACAGUUCUUGUUUGGGGGUAAAUAAGUAACCUACAUCUUUUCCACAUGUAAGUUAGUAGAUUGAUUUUACACUGUCACUGCAUCUCGUCAAUGUGCCUUUAAGUAGGGGCUCUGGAGCACGGAGCUUUUUUUUUGGAGCAGUCUGAAUUAUGGCGGAAAAUAACGAGAAUACCUGUGGACCGGCUGCGAACGCAAAGGCCGCGGUGCGCUUCGCACUCACGAAAGCUAAUGGGGAUGAGCUGGAGGUGUUUGCAGUGCCCGAGGUGCAGGCAAUCAGAGGAGCAGCCGCCGCGCACCUAUCGCAGCAGGCGUCGGAUGGAAAAACUAUUCCAGCGUGCUUGAUCCGGCUGCUCGAUGCGGACACGGGCAAACUUCUCACAGACGCAGAAGAUCUAGCGCAGCACGGUGCACACCUUCGCGUCGUUGUUGCCGGUCCGGACCUUUAUGGUGGGGGAAAAGACCUUGAGGCCCUAGUGGAGCUGCCGUGCGAUCAGAAGCCCGGCUUCUUCUACUAUGCUGAGACGUUUGACGCCGUGGAGUUCUUGGUGUUUAUGGUGAUGCGUGAAGAGUGUCCGCGCGGCACUCCCGAGGACCCAUCUUUCGAGUACGAGUACAAUAGAGACCACUGGAAACACAAAGAGUGGCGAGAAUUGGGACGCAGUACGGACUAUAGAGGUGGCAUUGUGGACUACUUGCGCGGGGAGGUCUGCCACGCAAGCACGCAACAACAGCUCACUUUCCUCUAUGAUGCUUUCCGUGCGACAUAUUCUGCAGAGGUUUUCGACCGCCUGCGUCAGCGACUCGCUCUCAAGGAGGAUCGCUGCGGUGACCCUGACCAAGCGGAGCGCGAGACCGUAAUGCCGCAGUUUUGGUCGCUCUGGGAAAGCAUUUCUUUUGUGCGGAGCCUCGGGCUGGAGUUACUAGUUCCAGAAUGUGUCUCGCUAGAAACUGAAGCCGCGAACGUCCGCAGCCUCGUACUGCAGGCCGCGGAAGAAAAAAUGGUGUUUGGAGAUGGAUAUUAUCCGUGGUGUUUUUAUUUCUGGCGCUACCCGCCACAUGUCGUGUUCUCGAUCGCUGCGGAUCUUGUAGAGUGUGUUCCACUACGAUGCUGGUCUCGGGACGACUGCGCAAAGAUACGGAAGAUAGCAGAGGGUGCCGAGAAUCUGCAGCGGGAUCUCUCGGACGAGGAGCCCGGGCCCGCUCGUGCCGACUAUGACGACAUGAAUGAACACCAUUGCCACCAUGCAUCAUUUCGCAUUUUAAUCCGACUCGCAGCUAUUCAUGACCGCAUCAUUGAUGAGCUCGAACUCAAGAAAGACACCGAUCGCGAUGCUGAUUGUGAUGCGAGCUCUUCUGGACGCGAGGAUGGUGAUGAUAUGCCCACGUAGGAUGUUGCUUGCUGACUGUUCAGAAGUUCGCAUAGCAAAAAGCCACUGAAGGAUUUGUGCAGAUAAUUGUGUCCCAUUCGCUCCUUGUCGAUCCUAAUCAUCUAAGUGUCCGCUACAAUGUGUCCCAUCAUCCGUCAGAAUCCUAGAGCGAGCCAAAUCAG